AUGUGGCGUCGUGGUUUAACGAGUGCAGCAGUACGGCAUGCCGUUUGGAUACGAUCCAUGUCCACAGAAUCAUUUGUUUCUUCUGUUGAAAAGGUACACCAACAGUUAGGGGCGUCUGAGCGAAAACAGGAACUUCUCUUGCAUGGACGUCAAUUAUUUGAAUCCGAAACUCUUGAUGAUAUCAAAACAGCAUGGACACCUGCUGUAGCUUCUACAGUAUGUCACGCUGCUACACAACUGCGAAUUUCUCCUAACAAAGGUCAACCAUUUGCUGCCAUAGUAGAACGCUCUCUUUCACCUGGAGCAGUAGAGGUAAUGGAUGUACCGUCUCUAGCAAGAAUUGUUCACUCUUGCCUAGUAUUACGUUCACCCUAUCUUUAUGAAGUUUUAUUUACGUAUAUUCGCUUUCUUAUUAAACGAGCUCCAACAGUAGAUACUGUUUCUUGUGCUGUACUUAUAAAUGCAUACGGCCGUGCCCAAGUUCAACAUGAGGAGCUUUAUCAAGCCCUAUGUAAUCAGGCAGCUGUUGUUAUGAAAGACCCUCGGACUUUUAUUGCACACAUAGCCAAUGUAGCACAUGCUUUGGCUCGUGUUAAAUUUUUUCACAGAGAUCUUUUUCUCGUUUUACGAGAUCAAGCUGUAAGACAGUCUUCACAAGGACCUCCAUUGGUACCAGUAACAAUUCUUGACGCAUUCGCUGAAGUUGGAUUUGUGGAUGAAGAAUUAUUUACAGUUUUGGAGCAGCGGUUGAUAAAAGAAUUACCUGAACUGCCAGCACCCCUUAUGGCGUCCCUUGUUGGUUGCCUGGUAAAGGCAGGAAGAGCCUCAUCUCCACUUUUUACUGCUUGUGGUGAGCGUAUAGCAGCAGUUGGGAAUACGUUUGAUCCUACAUCUAUUGCCAAGACAUGUGAUGCUUUUUGCCGUGCUAAUGUGUUAGCGGAAGAUCUUUUCGGUGCACUUGCAGAACGUGCAUGUAAAGUGGCAACUGAUUUUCGUGCUGAUGAGAUUCAUCUCACAUUGAAUGCACUUGGUUGUUUUGAUCUUUUUGACGGUGAAUUAUUUCCCUUGCUUGCAUCCCGCUUUGUAUCCAUUGUGAAGCAGGGUGGAUAUGUUAGUCCGGCAGAUGCGGCAGGUGUUCUUGCCAGUUUCGCUGCUGUGCAAGAGAGAAGCGAUGAACUUGUUCACAUCUGUACACAACUCUUAUCUUCUCAUCGUGAUGCGUUGGAUGGUGUAACAUUGGUGCAAGCUUUGUGGGCCUGUCUUGUUCUCAAUGUACGCAAUGAAGCCCAACAGUCACUUUUAGAAUGUGCUAAAAGUGAAAUGGGAAAGAUUCCAAGCGAGGAGAUGGCAGGGAAGUCGUCAAAGGUAAUCCUUGAACGUCUUCAAUAUGUGAAAAAGGCCUAUGGUCUGAUUGGACCUGAUAACGAAGUUUCUUCACAAAUGGGAAAGAUAUAG